CCUCAUUUGUUUCAGACAGGAAACCUUUGCACAAUCAUAACUCACAUGUUUUCAUGCAAUAUUACGAGAAACCCAAAUGGUGCAAGAGGUGUAAGAUCGUAUCUUUCUGUUCUGCGAUCCUCUCUUUUGCUCUUUAAAAACAAGUCAUUACACGGGAGAAGCAUUUGGUUCCAGGCCAUGGAAACUACUCCUCUGAGAUGGAAAGCCAUUACAGGCUUUCUGGUGAUGAAUCUUCAUAUCUCAGUUACUUCAGCCAUUAUGUGCCAUUCUAUCACUAACUAUACGCAGACUGGUGUCCCUGGUUAUAUAAGUUCCUACCUCCCUGAUGAACCUGCCAUCACCUGUCUCCCUAUUCACAACGCUUGUGUCACUAUACGAUUGGAACUGAGUACAGUCAGCAAUACUCUGUUUAUUGAUCAUCGAGGUUGCGCAACCACCAAAUAUCCAAAUGGAGGAAAAGAAUCAUCCAAGACCGGUGACAAAUACUUUGCAAUCAAAUACAAGGCAAAUUACUGCUCCAGUGACCUGUGCAAUGGAGAAAUACCUUCUGCAGAUGCUCACAACAAGACUGCACUAGUCAAAGAAAACUGUAAACCAAGCAGCUCAAAGAAAUGCUAUGCUGGCAUCAACUUUCAUGACUCCGAAACAUUGCUGGAAGCAGUGACAUGCCGCAGCGACUCUGACUUCUGUUACCAAGGAUCUGGGUAUAUCACAAUCGGAAAUGGAGCUCUAGAUUUACACAUCCGAAGCUGCCAAAGCACCUGCCAUAUUCCUCAGAAACAGGUUUUUGGACCAAUAGAGAUCUCUAUGCAAGGGGUCUGCUGCUCUGGAAACCACUGCAACAGGAAAGAAAAUGCUCAUCCAACCCCAACUUCUCAAGCAUGGGAAACUACCAGCAAUUUCACCAACCCUGGUUAUGGACAUGGUCUCUUCCAGGACUUUGAGUGUGAAGAUUACAUUGUUGAUAAUGGCACAGAGUGGUCCGUCAUUGAUCCUGGAGCUAAGGGCAAAGGGGCUGCACUUCAGAUCAGUGCUUUACUGGUCACUCUUAUGAUUACCAUCCUUGGACUAUCUGGGUGAGAUGCAUUGAUUCCCAAGCUCUGUGAUCUGAUUUGGGAAGAGGUAUAUCGUAGAAGGGAAGGAAAACAUGGCACCACCUGGGAAUGCAUCUGGAGAUGGAUCAACCUCUGGGCUUCUCUGGUCUCCUAACUAUCAACCAAUUGUGGACAUAGGUUGGAUCUAUACUGCCAUAUAAUCCUAAAAAAAGAGGAUUAUCCAUACUAUCCAAAUUAUCUGGAUGAAUAUUCAUAUCAGAUAAUCCAGAUUAUCUGCUUUGAACUGAAUUACAUGAGUCUACCAUGCAAAAUAAUCCAGUUCAAAGCAGAUCAUCUGAAUUUUAUAUUGCAGUGUUAUUGGGGCCUAAAAUAGCACUGAGUUGUUUGAGAGAGACAUUUCUCUGUAUGUGUUCUGGUUUUCAUCUGUGAAACGUUGGGGGGUAUGCUAUGGAAUCUUGGGAUUUGCAGUAUAGGAAGGGCAUUUAGAGUGAUCAGCCAGCAUCAGAUUUCAUAGGAUGCAGGCAUGCCAGGCAACAUCCCAAAAAAUUUGAGAUUAGAGGUACCUAUGUUGUUGCUUUUGAUGCUUGCUUUUAUUGUUUAUGAUGAUGUUGUUUUUAUGCUGUUUUAUAUUUUCCUGUUCUGUUUUUAACUGUAUGUUUCUGGGCAUGGCCCAAUGUAAGCUGCCCUGAGUCCCUUCAGGGAGAUGAAGGUGGGGUAGAAAAAUGAAGUAGUUAUUAUUAUUAUUAUUAUUAUUAUUAUUAUUAUUAUUAUUAUUGGACUCACAGUGCUACACCAUUGUGCUAAACGAGCUAAAAUGAAAUAUGAUAGGAAAAAAUCAGGACAGGAUGUAGAUGUGCCACUAGAGGGCCAAAGCAACAUCGCAUAACCCCUGUUUCCUCAAUAGGCAAAAAACUAUGUCCUGAUUUUUAGGGAACUCAAUGUCCCUGUUGCUGUUUUUUGUUGUGGUGAGUAUAUUCCUUCAUUCUAGUGUGUGUGUGCAUUUAUCUAGACCAGUGGUUCUCAACCUUCCUAAUGCUGUGACGCCUUAAUACAGUUUCUCAUGUUGUGGAGACCCUCAACCAUAUCAUUAUUUUCGUUGCAACUUCAUAACUGUAAUUGUGUUACUGUUAUGAAUCCUAAUGUAAAUGUCUGAUAUGCAGGAUGUAUUCACUGGGCCAGAUUUGGCACAAAUACCAAAUAUGCCCAAAUUUUGAAUACUGGUGGGUUGGGGUGGGGGGAUUGAUUUUGUCCCUUGGGAGUUUUAGUUGCUGGGUUUUAUACUUAACCUACCAUCAAAGAACAUUCUGAACUCUACCAACAAUGGAAUUGAACCAACAAUGGAAUUGAACCAAACACCCAUGACCUACAGAAAAUACUGGAAGUAUCUGGUGGACAUUGACCUUGGGUUUUAAAGUUGUAGUUCACCUAGAGAGCACUGUGGACCCAAACAAUGAUGGAUCUGGACCAAACUUGGCAUGAAUACUCUAUAUGCCCAAAUUUGAACACUGGUGAAGUUUGGGGAAAACAUAACUUGACAUUUGGGAGUUGUAGUUGCUGGGAUUUAUAGUUCACUGCCAAUCAAAGAGCAUUCUAAACCCCACCAACAAUAGAAUUGGGACAAACUUCCCACACAGAACCUCCAUGAACAACAGAAAAUGCUUGUUUUCUGAUGGCCUCUGGUGACUCCUCUGACACCCCCUUGCAA